GGUACAUGGAGAGACCGGCAUGUGUGUGAGGGCAGCCUGGGUGGUCGUGCCGGACUUUUGCAGCGUAAUGCAGCGUGUCCCAGCUUGACGUCCGUGCCCACAAGAGUGAGACAGCAGGAGCCGUGGCAUGCUCAGGAGAGCAGGACCAUCUCUGCGUCACUUCUUGCUGGAGAGGAAUUGCGGCGCUGGAUAUAGCUCCUGCUCCAGCGAGAAAUGAAACAUCUUCCUCUGCCACCUCUCAUCUGUCUGAUCUCUCCUAAAAAGUGCGUGAAUCUUCUUCCAGAAGCUGCUGUGUCAGCAUUGAAGCACUGAGGCAAAAUGUCAAGGCCAGUGCAAGCUCGGAGGCUGGAGGGAGUCGAUAAGAAUAUCUGGGUGGAAUUUGUAAAACUGGCUGCCACCUACUCCACGGUGAACCUGGGCCAGGGCUUCCCCGACUUCCCCCCACCGGACUUUUUGAAGGAAGCGUUCACCAGAGCCUUCAGCGGGGAGAAGCACAUGCUGCACCAGUACACCCGUGCCUUCGGCCACCCGCCUCUGGUGAAGAUCCUAGCCCAGCUUUUUGGGAAGCUGCUCGGACGAGAGCUGGAUCCUAUGACCAAUGUGAUGGUGACCGUAGGGGCAUACCAGGCCCUCUUCUGCUGCUUCCAGGCUUUCGUCGAUGAAGGCGAUGAGGUGAUAAUCAUUGAGCCCUUCUUCGACUGCUAUGAGCCGAUGGUGAAAAUGGCUGGUGGGACACCCGUGUUCAUCCCGCUGAGACCGAAAGCUCCAAAAGAUGGAAAAUUAAUGUCUAGUGCGGACUGGCAGCUGGACCCCGCUGAACUGGCUUCUAAAUUCAGCGAACGGACAAAAGCCAUUGUCCUGAACUCACCCAACAACCCUCUGGGCAAGGUGUUCAGCCGAGAGGAGCUGGAGCUCAUUGCAGACCUGUGCGUGAAGCACGACGCCCUGUGCAUCAGCGAUGAAGUGUACGAGUGGCUGGUCUACGACGGGAAGGAGCACGUCCGCAUCGCCAGCUUGCGAGGGAUGUGGGACCGCACGGUGAGCAUCGGGAGCGCUGGGAAAACCUUCAGUGUCACUGGAUGGAAGGUGGGCUGGACCGUGGGACCCAACCGGCUGCUGCAGCACCUGCGCACCAUGCACCAGAACUCGGUGUACCACUGCGCCACGGCCGCACAGGAAGUCGUGGCUCAGGGUUUCCAGAGGGAGUUUGAGCGCUACGGGAAGCCAGACAGCUACUUUGUCCAGCUGCCCAAGGAGAUGCAGCAGAAGCGAGACCAGCUGGUCCAGAGCCUGGUCGCGGUGGGGAUGAAACCCAUCAUCCCCGAGGGCACCUACUUCUUGGUGGCGGACAUCUCCGAGUUCAAAUCCGAUGUCCCUGAUGUCCCCAACUCUGACGAGCCCUACGACUCCAGAUUUGCAAAGUGGAUGGUGAAGAACAAGGGACUCGCGGCCAUCCCGCUCUCCGCUUUCUACUGCGGGCCCCACAAGAACAACUACAACUCCUUCAUCCGGUUCUGCUUCGCAAAGGAGGAAGCCACGCUGAAGGCAGCAGAUGACAUAUUGCAAAAAUGGAAACUGGAGAAAACUACUCCCUGAAGGCACUGGGGAGGGAACCAGGCUCUCCUUGGUCGUCACCCGCCACGAUCGCUCUUCUUCUUCCUUUGCUUGGCUACAAACUAUGCUACGUCCUUAUUUUUGUGCCUUCAACCACAUUUUUUGUCAAACGGGUAAGAGGUUUGCCAGGCCCAUGGUUUAAGGGGCUUUUCUGUCACUGUGAAAUGAGUGCACUGUUUCUUGCAAGAAGCGAGCCUUCUGGUGUGGCUCAGCGUUCAGUAUUA